UCACUUCCAUAGUUUUGGAAAAUGUCUUAUCGAUUUUCCUUCCGUAAGACAUUUUCCAUUCCCUUCUCUACACUCUCAUCGUCUCAGCUUCAAAAAUUUCUUUGCAGACUUUCUUUAGAAAGGUAUGUUUUCUAUUUCCACUUUCAUUUCUACUCAUUUUCUGUGGCUUCUCCCAUUCCAAUCCAUUCUUCAUUUCGAUUCCCUCAAUCCUUCCCGCUCCGACCCUGUACCCGAAUUCCAAUCCAUUCUUCAUUCUCAUUGAAUUAUUUCUAUUGGUGAAUUAAUGCAAUUUCUAGGCUUCUACGUGAUGGGUUACGAAGGAAAGGAUUCUGGAUUGGCAGCAAUCACUACGUUGGCAUCAUCAUUGGACUAUAUGUCUUCUAGAUCGUCACUCAAACUGCUUUUACCCCUGGCAAACCCUGCACAGGUCCUAAAUGUUCCUGUUAUUCUAAUUGGAACAUUGCUUGCUGCUACCCAUCCUUUUGCAGCUAACCCUCCCUACCUCCUGUCUUGGUUGAGUCCUCAAAUUUCUGCCCCGGACAUGUUGCAGCCAAAGUUGUUUGAAAAGCUUGUUACGGAAAACUUCAAGACAGUGCCUGCCAAGCUUCUCUUACAGCUAGCAACAGCCUUUGAGGAGGGAGGAUUGCGUGACAGGAGUGGGACAUUCUUUUACAAGAAUCAUCUCAGUAAAAGCAAUGUCCCCGUCUUAGCAAUUGCCAGAGACCAAGAUCUAAUAUGUCCGCCUGAUGCGGUAUAUGAAACAGUGAAGCUUAUUCUCGAGCCAUUGGUCACAUACAAAGUUUUUGGAGAACCAGGUGGUCCGCAUUUUGCUCACUAUGAUAUAGUGGGUGCCCAACGAGCCGUAGAUCUAGUGUAUCCUUGUAUAAUAGAAUUUCUCAAUCAUCAUGACGCAACUUGAAGUUGUUGAGACUUCUUCUUCAUUCAAGCUUCAUUCUGUAUUUUUUCCCCAUGAAGGAAGGAGCCGACUUAAGAAGAAUCUUCAAGCCAGUCUUGCCCUUAAAAUUCUACAUCAACUAGUACAUAUACAUACAUAAAAGGAGGUAAAGGAUCAAUACCAUGCAUGUAGUUGUAUUGUUGUAUUAAAGUUUGUUAAUAUGUACAGACAUUUAGAAAAAGUAGUGUAUGUUUAUAUGGUAUACAUAUAUCACUACUCUCUCUCUUAGACAACAACAUGUAGUUGUAUUGUUGUAUUAAAGUUUGUUAAUAUGUACAGACAUUUAGAAAAAUAGUGUAUGUUUAUAUGGUA